GGUCAUAGGCCACGAUUAUUAGCCGUCGAGCCGUCCAUCGUAUAUAUACACACACACACAGACACGCACAGAUAGCACUACAGUGGAUUAGGUUUCAUUUAUUUUGUUGCUGUUUUAAAUCCGAGUGACAGUGUGCAUGUGGUGUUUGUUUAGUAUUUUUGCAGUAGAAGUUAGUCCAGCCACAUUGCCCUUGGUACGAACAUUGUCGUAGGCAGGCAUGGUGAAGGCAAGAUCAGAAUAGCCAGUCGCCUCAAGUGAACUGGUCGAACUGCUUUUUUAAUAAUACCCCAAAACUAAUCGCUUUUGCUUAUUAUAUUCAAGCAGUUAAACAUUGUCACAGUGGAGCAUGACCAAUCAUAAUUUUAAAUGAAAUUGGCAUUAUGUUCUGCGUAAAUGUCCCGGUUAUAAUAAUGUUAAAGCUUGCUUUAGUUUCUCGCAGUGCAGUGAUGUCAAGGUCACAUGAAUCUGCUUGACGUCACAUGGACAUCGAUCAAACACGUGUGCGGUACAGCGUUGAAAUGCACUUUUAAAAGCGUCACGCUGGGAGAAAUUUAUAUUCAUCUAAAGAAAUCCAUAGAAAUAGCAAUGAGCAGUACUUGUAAAGGUGUAGGUCACAAGAGACCCAGUGUAAGAUUGCACAGCGAGGUUAUGAGCAAGCGGAGGCAUCUGCAACCCAGUAAUGCGAAGAGGGAUUGUGACAAGGAUUCUGGAUUUUCAGAUUCCGGUUCAGGGUAUGUAAGUGCUGUAGAGAACACAGAUUGCAAGGAUGGGCCUAAAGCCUUGUCCCAGAGCAUGGGAUCCAUGCCACAGCCAGCACAAGUGGCUGUGCUAGGAGGUGCUUUCCCUGGACUCUCCCCUGUGAUUGUCAUGAACAAUGUUCUGCUUAAACAGCCAAAUAAUACCGUUCCCCAAAAUAAACCUUGGGCUUUCCAGCCCCAGGUUGUGUUUCUCCAGCCUGUUGUCUCAAAUGCCACCACCCGACAAGAACUCAUCAAGGAGAAGAAACAAAGUUCAGGAAACUGCCUGCCUAUCUUGAAAUCUUAUCCCAAAAUAGCCCCGCACCCGGGAGAGAGCUGUACGGAGAAGAGCAGUUCCAGCUUUGCUUGUGAGGACCAGGCAGCAACAACCAAACACAGGCAUAGCAGGGAAAAAAUACAGACGGGCUGGGAAAGCACAGCAAGCACAGCAUCAUGUAGCCAGUCCUCCACUUUGAGCACAGGCUCAAGCACUCUGCAAAGUCAAGCAGAUGCCCCCAGCAGCUCGUUAGAAAGUGGAUCAGAACCGGUUCUGAACUCUCAAGAACAACUGUCCACUGUAUGCCCUCCAGCCCCACCAUGCCCCUCACCUGCACUAAUACCAAAUUGUCCGUCCUCUGCUUUGCCUGCUAGUGAUCAUCUGGAUUCAAAGAGCCAACGGGACGGUUCGGUCGGCAAUCAGUGUGACAAGAAAAGCAAGAGGAAGCGCUUCUGCAACACCUACAACAUCCUCUGUAAGUCAGGGCUGCUGGGUAUCGCGCUGAGGACAAAGGAGUUGAUUAGACAGAAUCGAAAAAUGCAGAGCGAGUUAGAUCGCCUGAAAGAACAAACCAACCUUUUUGUUGAAGCAAUCAAAAGCGGUCAUCCACAGGUCUGGUCCAAGCUCCAACUGAGCAUGUUCGCGAGUGGCACCCCUGCAUGCGUUACCAAAGAAAGCAACUCUGGCAAAACCAAUCAAAGUGAUUUAGCUCUGGACUGAGUGAGAGGGAGCACUCCCUCUGCACUACAUCCUGCAGAUUGCUUAUUGACACUGCGUGUCCUGUUAACCUUCCAUUUGCUUUACAUUUUAUUCUGUGGGGAAAUGCACCUUAAACCAUGAUCUCUGCAUGUGGUAUUGCAAUUGGAAAGUUCUUGCAGCUAUUUUAUAAUGAAGGUACAUCUUUUUGUAGCAGUUUAUGAUCGUUUGAGGGAGCUGUUUGAAGAGAGUUAUUAGUUUCUGUUUUGUUUUAAUGUGCAUUGUGGUAUACUGUUGUUUCUCGGUGGGAGGUGGGUUAGCACGAUAGAUCCUUUAAUUUCAAUACUUGUCGGUAUGUCUAAGUCUAUUGAAAAGGGCCACCACUAUUCUUCAAUUUGUUCAAACCUGCAAUUCCUUUUCUUGCGGAUCACAGUAUAUUUGAAUGGUCAUAUUUCUUCUGAUGCAGGAUGUUUAUUUAAUUUAUUUAUUUGGUUUAUACACGUGCAAAAUUAUAAACACAUUUGCUUUGUCUUGGUUUUAAGAAGUGCAUCAUACAACAUACUGCAUGUCUUAAACUGUCAAACGGAAACUGUACGGCAGCUAUUGAAGUAAAAUACUUUCAUAUGUCUGGAAUGUAUCGUCCAUCGCUAUAUAUGAAUUGAAAGUCUCACUUUAUUUUGCAUGAAUCACUGCUUUGUGUGUUUGUGAGAAUUAAUUAAGUCAGUUGUAGUCAGAUCUGAGCACUCUUUCCAGUUUGUUUUGCUGUAUCACAUGUGCCACCUGGUGCCUGUGGUGACUUGCUGAAGUUUAAGGCUUGGUUCAUACUUCUGUCACAGAUGACUAGGCUAUACGUCAGAAGCAGGCAGCUGUAAAAGCUGUGCCUCGUCACUCUUCUGUCACAGAUGACUAGGCUAUACGUCAGGAGCAGGCAGCUGUAAAAGCUGUGCCUCUUCACUCUUCUGUCACAGAUGAAUAGGCUAUACGUCAGGAGCAGGCAGCUGUAAAAGCUGUGCCUCUUCACUCUUCUGUCACAGAUGACUAGGCUAUACGUCAGGAGCAGGCAGCUGUAAAAGCUGUGCCUCUUCACUCUUCUGUCA